AUGCAGGACGACGCUGGGCGGCCUGGCGCACCGCAUCAACAGCAGCAGCAGCAGCAGCAGCAGCAAGAAGCGCCGGCUUCGUCCUCCUUCUCCACUUCCUCGCUGUCGUCCAAGGCCGUCAUCGCUUCUGCCGCCGCCGCCGCCACAGCACGGCCCACACCCGCCGCCUCGCUUGCCCCACUCGCAGCAGCAGCAGCAGCGCCCGCACUUGAGACUGUAGUGGCGGCGCCGUCGUCGUUGUCGUCGGGGCUGGCUGACGAAUCUGGUACGCAAGUGGCGGGUUUGGCAAUCAACACCCAUUCCGAUGAUGCACGACCCGCCCUGAUGACUCGACCAACGACAUCCAUGUCCGUCGACGCGGCGACCGUCUCGGACGUACACGGCGCCGGCAGCACCAGCACUAGUACCAGCACCAGCAGUGCGAGUCCCAGUCGACCGGGCAAGCGACAUGCGCCGCUGAGCGUCAUCUCGUCCAACGCGAACGCAAACGCCGACAAUAACGACGCCGCCGACGACGACGUUAGUGCUUCCGCUCGCGCUACUGGCUCGUCCGCGCAGGUCGCUGGACCGUCGCCACACCAACCACAGCAGCACCAGCCAUCCCAGCAGGCAGUCGAGCGUGGCCACCAACCCGCCACCGAGGCAGACCAAUGUUCGCCAUCUGAGCGGCCACAACAAUCCCAAUUUGUCGCUUCGACCGCCAUUCCGACUUUGACUCCCUCUGCCAACACGACCACCACUACCACCACGACCACCACCAACAACUCCUCGGCAAUAACCAGCACAUCCAAUCCUAGCACGGGCAGUAGCAGCAGCAGCAGCAGCAGCAGCAGUGGAGAGCGCAGCCCUGUUCGCCGAAGAGGCAUCAAGCCGAGGUCCAACACGUACUCUGGCAAUCCCAUUUCCUUCUUUGACGGAGCAACUGCUUCUGCCUCUGCCGCUGCCGCUGCUUCUGCCACGCCGAGUGUCGCAGCAGCUGCACAUGCCGUCACGGACAUUGAUACUGUACCAUUGUCGCCUCAGGUGAUGGGCUCGCCUCGCAUGGAGUCGCAGCACGCGGCGGCAGCAGCGGCAGCAGCUGCGAGUUAUGCGCAUCAGCGCGAGCUCUUACUUCGCCCUCUCGAAUCGAUGGAGUUGAUGACGCCUGCUGCUGCUGCUGGUACUAGCGCAAACAUCCCACCAGGUGCCGUUGCUGCUGCUGCUGCUGCUGCUGCUGCUGCUCCUGCUGUUGUUACGGCGGCUGCUGCAGCUUCAACUCCAGCAGCAACUUCCUCGACGCAAUUUGUCGAUCAAAUUGUGCGCCAGUACCAUCCUGGAGCGAACGACUCGCCACCCAUCAGUGGUCUCAAUAACGGCAUGCUCACGGCGUUUUCCGGAGGCAACGGGUCUAUCCUGUCGCUCACCAGCAGCAGCUCGAGCCAGACGCCAACCAACUAUGCGUCGCCUGUCGCCACUGCCAAGCAGCUCCCUUCGCUGAGUUCGCCGACCAUGCGAAGCGUUUCGCCAACGUCCCGAUUUUCCUCCAAACGGAUUUCUUUGCCAACGAUGCCGACCAUCUCGACAGAGCAGCCAGCGCCGUCAUCAUCCUUCGACCAACACCAAACCACGCCGGCACAGCAGCCACCAUCGUCAGCCCCUCGCUCGUUACAUUCAGCCUCUGCAUCGUCGCAGUCACUGCAACUCCCAGGGUCGUAUGCCAACAGCAACUUGUCGUUUUCGUCCGCCUCGCUUUCGUCCAUGUCCUCCGCCAGCACGGGCUCGAUCAAUUCCCUCUUUUCCGAGAUGGACGGCCCAGCCUCAAGUCAGUAUCACCAAUCACUCGACCCCGUGCCAGAGUCCGAGACCCCGGCGCCUCCACGGUUUGGUGCAACGCUCUUUGCGUCAGACCGAAUGUCACCUUCAGGCGGAAACAUGUCGCCUGCGCCGUCUCCUGCAUUUUCAGACGAAGAGCGCAGCUGGCGGCGAAAGCAGCUCCUCGGUCGAUCGGAACCCUCCUUGCCCAGCUUGCAGCUCGACGCCCCGCCGAAAGCCUCCACUCGGCCAAGCAGCAGCAGCAACACUGGCGUUGGCGCGGGACUGCGCGGCGCGAGUGCCCCCGGCUUUGCCUCUCCAUCCCCUCGAUCCGCCGUGGAAGUAGAGUCCUCGCUCAGCUUUUUCCCAUUCGAUGGGCUUACACCCGGAGCUGCAAUUCGCCCUGCGGCAAAAGGCGCACCCGCAAUGGGUGGUGUCACGAGCGGAAUAUCCGCGAGCAACUCCAAUCUCAGCACGCUGGGGCGGCGAAGCAUGCCUGGGCAUGGACGCCAAGCAUCCAUCACGUCAAUAUCGAGCGACUCGCCGCCUCGUCGGUCUUCGGGGGACAGCGGGAGCAGCGCUGCUCUGGACGAGGAAGAAGGUGGCAGCUUCCGUGGCCGCUCUCACUCGAUCGAAAAUCGACGUCGUCUACGGCGGCCGUCCGAGGGCGAAGACACUGAGCUGGGCUCGCCUCGAGCUCGCAGCCUGAGUCCUGUGCGACGACUGGAUGUGGAUGCCGGAUUGUCCUUGUUUGGCACGACGUUCCCCAAGGUGAAGCUUCACCUUGAAAAGCAACUUGGCCAGUUCAUUGUGACCACCGAACACCGGUCGCAGGCUUUGGCGCAAACGAUGGAAGAGUCGGCGUCGCCUGCCUUGAGUCGGAGUGGAAGCCUUUCGAAUCUUUCGCCGUACGGACCCUCACCGCUCACGCGCAGUGCCACGGCUGCAGGCACCGUGACUGCCCCGUCUGCGAUUGGGACGGCCGUACCACCCUUGACGUCGUCCACGCUUAUCAACAACUUGCUUGGCAUGACCGGGCGAGCCACACCCCCGCCACCGGCCUCGGCGCCUGCAACAACUCAGUCCGUUCCAAUGAUUGGCGUGGUGGCUGGGUCGCCUGUUUCCGCCGGUACGCCAACCGGUAGCACCUCCAGGAGCGAAUUGAAUGUGUUUGUGCCCGCCACUUCGCCGCUUGCCUACUCGAGCGCCUCGCAGCAGCCCCUGGUCAGUCCUCGCCUCGCCCUAGGCCGUUCCAGUCGUGACGAUUCCUCGCGGCCUGAGUCGCCGCUGCCAACCACGUCUUCCAGCCAAAUCCACCAUUUUCAUGAUGGCACGUCGCCCAUUGCUUCGACCGGCUCGAUACCAGCACUGGCGGACAACAGCACUGCCUCGCUCAAUUCGCCUGUGACCUUGCGACGGCGUAGCAUAACCCCAACUGCCACACGCCGAAUGAGUGUUGAGGACCGACGCUCUGAAACGCGAUUGCUUCAAUGCUUGACGGCCUUUGCAACCGAUCUUUUGGCGAUUUCCACCGAGAAUCGCUUGAAUGGUUACGUGCUGCGUCCCUUCCUAAGCAAACUCCAUGGGUUUUUGGAGUCGAUUGCUGGCCGCUUUCCCCUCGUUCUCCGCUCUGCCCGCGAGCUGCUGUACAUUUGCUCCCGUCCCGCUCGGCUGAUUGAGUGUUUGGAAUUCGAUCCAGAAGCCUACUACCGCUCGCUCGCCUCGCCAGAACAAGCUCGACGCACCAUCGAUCUAGAAGCGUUCGAUCCUGCCAAGUAUGUUUCAAGUCGCAUGAUGCUGCGUCUCGAACGGUUUGGAACGCAAAUUGCAGCGCUCGAGCAAAUGCCAGAUUAUGCGACUGGACGGUAUAGCAAGGAAAUUGACACGCUCGAGCAGCAGCGCGAUGCCAUGAUGGCACGCCUGAACAUCCUUCGGUCGCAAUCGGGGCUGAACAUGCGGGAAAAUCCUCUCGCCCGGCGCUUUCCUCUUGGAGAUAACCCUCUUGCUGGGGUUCGUCCUCCUUCGCCAUCCAGAGGGCUGGCCACCAACAUUGAGCAGCACUCUGCCUCGUUCAAGCCACACUUGCGCUCUUCGGCAGCGGCGAGUCUGGGCCAAGGAUACUCAAAUGAACCUGCUCCCGCCAGUUUCCUGUUCCGACAGAGCGAAUCCAUACUUCAGUUUGCCAAAAGCGGCCUCCUUGCUGGGCUGCAAGAAGAAGGGUCGUUGGGAGAGGGCGAGGACGAAAGCACGCCAUUCUCCUCUGCAACCUCCAGCCGCUCGUCCAUCGCCAACACGACAGCUGCACAAGCAGCGACAGCCACAUUCGCGGCCUCGCGGUCCAAUAGCUUCAAGCUAUCCGCUGCAGUCUCGGACUUUUCUUCGGCGGCGCCGAGUGAAAUCCCUCUCGGGCGCCGUCUAUUGCCUCCACGCGUGCCUCGCAAGUCGGACUUUGACUAUCUCAAGCUUAUUAGUAAAGGCGCGUACGGCUCGGUGUUGCUGGCUCGACACAAGGAAACACACGAACUCUUCGCCAUCAAGGCGCUCAAAAAGCGAGAAAUGAUUCUCCGAAACCAGGUCGAGAAUGUUUUGGCCGAACGCGACAUCUUGGCGGUGGCCAACAAUCCGUUCGUCGUGUCCAUGUUUGCAUCCUUCCAAAGCAAAAACCACUUGUACUUGGUGAUGGAGUUUGUCCAAGGCGGUGACUGCGCGACGUUGCUCAAGGCCCUUGGGGCGUUUUCGGAAGAGAUGGCUCGAACCUACGUUUCCGAGACUGUGCUGGCGGUCGAGUACCUUCACACCAAUGGCAUUAUUCAUCGCGACCUCAAGCCGGACAACUUGCUCCUCACCGAAAAUGGCCACAUCAAAUUGACCGAUUUCGGCCUGUCGCAAAUCGGCUUGGUGAAUCGCACGGCCACGCUGUACGAGCGCAGUCUCAGCAUGGAGCGAGGCCACUCGCGCCAGACCUCCGAAGGCGCCAACAUGUCGUUUGACAGCAGCUUUUCUUCUGACAUGGCCGAGACAGCCCUUCCGCCACAUGUGCCAGCGAGUGGGGGCGCAACAACAACAACUGGCUCUUCUGCGCAUGCGCAGUCGCAGCAUCGCGCUGCGCCAUGUGUGGGCACGCCAGACUACAUGGCGCCCGAAAUUAUUCUCGGCUCAGCUAUUGGUCCCGAAGUGGACUGGUGGGCUUUGGGUGUGAUGACCUUCGAGUUCCUGACCGGAGUGCCACCGUUCAGGGGCAACAGUGUCGAAGAGUUGUUCCGAGACACGUUAAAAGCAGAGAUUGACGCUGACGAGCUGUCAGAGUGCAGUCCUGCUGCGCAAGAAUUCAUUUCACGUCUGCUCGCCUACAAUCCGACAGAUCGGCUUGGGCACAAUGGUGCCGAUGAAGUCAAAUCGACGGCAUUCUUUGAGUUGCUGGACUGGGAUUCGCUGUUGAUGCAGCGCGUAGAGUUUGUGCCAGUCCUGGACUCGGAAGAUGACACAAAAUAUUUCGAUACUCGUUUGGACCGUUACCCCGACCGCGCGACAAGCCCGUCUCCGCACCGUCACCCUGGCUCCUCCGAGCCCAACACGGACGACAAGCUGACUGAAAUGCACUCUGCCUUUUCGAGGUUUUCAUUCCUCAAUCCCUCCGUUUCCGCGACCAUGCUCCCCGAGGCUGUCACCUCUGAGGACCGCACGAGCGACGUGUAGCGUUGUUAUCGUCAUAUGGACGAGUUGUGGUUUCGUCCUUUCUGUUUUCGCUCGUGGUCGCUCGUGAUCUAAUUCUUCUCUUGUUA